ACAGCAUCCACCCAAAAAUGCGUUUUACUUAUGAGCUGGAGACGGGCAGGUCGUUGUCAUUCUUGGACAUUAAAAUAACCGCGAGAUCAGAUGGGUCCUUAUCGCACUGUGUAUACCGAAAGCCAACUCACACUGAUCGGUACCUACAUGCAAAGUCACAUCACCACCCCCGACACUUACAAUCCGUGAUGAUAUCACUAAAAAACAGAGCAUAUGACCUCUGUGACCCUGAACAUCUGGGGCAAGAGCUAGACCAUGUUCAGGAGGUACUUAAAAAGAACGGAUAUAGUGUAGGGGAUGGGCGACUAUUGCGACCGCUGAAGAGAGCCAGACAUCCAAACGUGAGCAGACAACCUGCCUUCAUGCCUUAUAUCAAGGGUGUGACAGACAAGAUAGGAUCCGUCCUUAAAAAGUUUUCGAUCCCGACGAUCUACACACCUGAGGCUAAACUUCAUGAUAAGGUAGGCACGGCGAAGGAUGUACUGCCGCUACAAAGCCCAGGUGUUUAUAAGAUCAACUGCAGCUGCGGUAGUUCCUACAUUGGGCAAACGAAGCGGACCAUUGCUGAGAGGCUCAAAGAACAUAUCGCCGCAGUCAAAAACCGACAGAGCAACAAAUCAGCGAUAGCAGAACACCUGCUCCAGGCUGGUUCUAAUCACUGGGUAGAAUUCCACCGACCGCAAAUUCUCUCCACUGAUCGCCACUACCAUACAAGACUUGUGCGUGAAGCGGUUGAAAUAAAGAAAUGCCCAAAUAAUUUCAAUCGGGAGGACGGCUUUAAAUUGUCGUCGACGUGGAAUCCAGUGCUUCGCAAAACACAACCUCGCUUUCCUUCAAAGUCGGUUAACACAUCUGUGGAUAUAAUCAGCGUAGUGUGUAGACGGCCUAAUAUGGUAGAAAAUGAAAAUAAGGGGGUAGAUGAAGAUUCAUCACCCGAAUGCGGGGAGCUGUGACAUCGCGUCUUCAGUCUGCUUGUGACCACGACCUGUGCAACCGGGUCGAAACGUCAAGCCUACCAAGGUAUUCAAAUUAUAAUUUUCCGCGUUAAUACCCG